CGGGCGGGCCCCUCGACGGCGGUGGGGGGGGACGCGCGCGGGGCCCUCCCUGUGGCCGCUCCCCCUGGUGGCCGCACCCGUUCCGCGCCGGUGGCCCAGUUUCAGGGUUGGGAGUCGUGUCAUCUUGAGGGAUCGCCGAAGUGUGGGGGCCCCAUGGCCCCGCUGGGAGGAGCCCCCCGGCUGGUGCUGCUGUUCAGCGGGAAGAGGAAAUCCGGGAAGGACUUCGUGACCGAGGCGCUGCAGAGCAGACUCGGAGCGGACGUCUGCGCUGUCCUGCGGCUCUCCGGUCCUCUCAAGGAGCAGUAUGCUCAGGAACACGGCCUGAACUUCCAGAGACUCCUGGAUGCCAGCGGCUACAAGGAGGCCUAUCGGCGGGACAUGAUCCUCUGGGGAGAGGCGCGGCGCCAGGCCGACCCAGGCUUCUUCUGCAGGAAGGUCGUGGAGGGCGUCUCCCAGCCCGUCUGGCUGGUGAGUGACACGCGGAGGGUGUCUGACAUCCAGUGGUUCCGGGAGGCCUACGGGGCUGUGACGCAGACAGUCCGCGUGGUGGCCUCGGAGCAGAGCCGACAGCAGCGGGGCUGGGUGUUCACACCAGGAGUGGACGAUGGGGAGUCCGAAUGUGGCCUGGACAACUUUGGGGACUUCGAUUGGGUCAUCGAGAACGACGGAGACGGGCAGCGCCUGGAGGAGCAGUUGGAGAACCUGCUAGAAUUUGUCCGCUCCAGGCUUUAGUGAUGUUCUAGGGGCACCGAAGCUGCGGCGGGGAGGGUGGGGCUGAUGCUGGCCAAGCAGGGAGCACCCGGAGGGUCUGGGCCCAGCACGUGUCAGACAAGACAAGGAGCCUCCAGGAACUAUAACUCUGCUUUAAUACAUUUUUACUGAUUUCAGAGAGGAAGGGAAAGGGAGAGAGAGACAGAAACACCAGUGUUGAGAGAGAAUCAUUGAUCGGCUGCCUCCUGCAUGCCCCACACCAGGGAUCCCGCAACCCUAGGCAUGUGGCCUGACCAGGAAUUGAACCGUGACCUCCUGGUUCAUAGGUCGAUGCUCAACCACUGAGCCACACCAGUGGGGCCAGGACCUCAUUUCUUUCUUUUUAAAAAAAAUAUAUUUUUAUUGAUUACAGAGAGGAAGGGAGAGAGAGAGAGAAACAUCAAUGAUGAGAAUCAUCGAUCGGCUGCCUCCUGCACGCCCCCUACCGGGGAUGGAGCCCACAACCCAGGCAUGUGCCCAUGACCGGAAUCGAACCAGGGAUCUUUCAGUCUGCAGGCUGACGCUCUAUCCACUGAGCCACACCAGUGGGGCCAGGACCUCAUUUCGUUAUGGACUGGGCUGCCCGGCCUCUCAGGAGGAGACUUAAAGGGCAAAGGGCGGUGCUGGAAGCAGGAACAUCCGCGUCUCCAGGGGCGCCUGGCCGGGCAGCCGGUGGUUGCCCUGCUUCCCCAUCAGGAUGCUUUCGGCCCCUUGUUCUGGGCAAGAGUGUGGACACGAAUAAACCUCCUUGGAGCACAUGCUGCGCACUGGACGUCUCUCCUUCCCAGGUGCCAGCCCAGCCUGUGUGGGCUUGCAGGGCUCGGCUUGUCAGGUGCCGGCGGGUUCCUGCUCUGCCUUGCACCUGGGCUGGGACUUGUCCUCAGAGGCUGACCUUGGCCCGGGCCAGGCAGGCAAGAGGGCUGUUUGUGUCACAGACAGCAUUGGGGUCUUGGGGUCUCCUCUUCUGGGAUGGCCCCAAAGAGGCUCCUGCAGCAGGGACCCUGAGGGGCAGGGUGUCACCGAGGGGCACCGAGAGCCAUGGCUCCUGGUGAACCCUGGGCGGCUCUGGGCAGGAGCAUCACUGCGAGCCCCCGCUGUUCCGCGAGGCCGUGGACGGCCCCCUGGUAGUUAGACCGCCUCGUGCAGUUCGUAAGCGCCGUUUCGAUUCUUCAAAGCCAGCCCGUGACGUGGGCAAGGAGAGCCUUUUCAUCUGCAGGCGGCAGAUGCCGGUAACUCAGAGAAGGGAACCAGCUAGCCUCGGGUCAGAGGGUAGUAAGUGGCAGUGCUCAGAUAGCCCACGGCGGCUGCCCGCCUCCCGGGCAGGUCCCCUCGGCCACAAAGGGGUACAGCCUCGGGCCUAGCCAGCACCCCACUCUCUGGCCCUGGCUUUGUUUUCCUCCCGCACAUUCUCUUGGUUCUCACCGAGAAGGGGCCACCUACAGAAAUGACACCCGUCUCAGCGUGGCCCGAACUGGACGUCACCCUCCCGCCCACGUCUCCCAUGGACCACCUCUUCCUGGUCCUGGUUCCCUGGCCUUUCCAGUCAACCGGCCCCGAGAGCUUGACAGUCGUCACGGAGUCUUGUGUCCCCUGACCCCUAGGGCUAAUGGGUCCCCAGGCUCUGUUCACCUGCCCUGCCUGUGUCUCCUCCGGGAUUCUCGCAGGAAGAUAAACACCUCUGAUGGCCGGGGCCAUGUCUCUCUUGUAGCGUGUUGGCCCACAGCGGGUGCUCAGGAAAUGGAUGCAGUCGAAUGCCUGGUGAGACGGGACUCUAGGAGGCACGCUGGAAUCUAGUAGGUGGUCAUUUCACGCAGUACAGGUUUCCUCCCAACCAGGAGGCCGGCCCCAGCUCCCGGGCCUGGACCCUCUGCUCCCCUGCCGGUGGGAGCCAGGACUGGCGGACAUGCUGCCGGGCCCUCUGCCAUGCGAGCGCUGGCUCUCCGGGGCUCCUCGCUGUGCGUGAGCCUGCCCCUCCUCUGAGCACUUUAUAUUCAUCCCAGUUUCUGACCCAAAGAGUUUGCCGCCCUGACUCCCCAGACGUGGCCCAGCGACGGUGGGUCCUGUCUGUCACCGGGACUGUUCGAAAGCAUCUGCAGCGGGUCCCAGAGGGGCAUCUCCACAGGCAACCGGUGACCUGCUCUGUCUCUGUAGAUUCGUUUUCAUUUGCAAUAAUUUACGUAAGCGAACCGUAUAGAGUAGGUUAUUUUGGGGGCCUUAUUUCUUUCACUCAGCAUAAUUAUUUUGAGACCCAUCCACAUUAGUUCAGGUAUCAAUAGUUUCUUUUUUCAUUGUGGUGUGUGGUAUGAAUACUGCACAGUUCUUUAUCCAGUCACCUGCUGAUGACCAUUUGCGUUGUUUCCAGUGUUUGGAUAGGACAAAUAAAGCAACUAUGAACAUUCAGGUACAAGC